GAUCAACAAUAUCCAUGAACGAUAUCCAUGGAGAAGAGAAGAAAAGAACCUUGCCUCCACCACCACCACCUCCACUCUUCACAUUGACUCCUCUUGAGUCUUGAGAGUCGAGACAUGCGAGACAUGGUCGGAUAGACAUUAAGCGAAACACCGAUGGCGAAAAAUUUGAUUUUCACAAGCAAAAAACUAGUAAAAGUAGAGGGAAAGCCCAGACAAAAUCCGAAUUCGAUCCGACCCUUUAUCUUGAAAAUCCUAUGCAGAGUAAUAGUUAUUCCUAUCUUACUAACAAAUUCCAUCUUCCUAUAAGUUAACUAUCUGACUCUCCCUCCUUCUUGAUUACUACCAACGAGACAUCACACAUCAUCCUUUUGUUUUGUUUCUGCGAUACAAGUACAAUAGAUCAAUACAUCAACACAUCCCUACGAUAUCUUCUUACCCGUUCGAAGCUUCAAAAAAAGGGUCCAAAUCUCCAACAAGCACACGACCAAAGGCACACGAUCAAAAUGAAGGUCUUUUCUAGCGACUGCAAAUUCGAUUAUUCGUGGGAAGAGGUUUCGACUGCAAACUGGAGAAAGUACUGUCCAUGGAAUCAUAAAUCUACUCACGUUAUCGCCGUCGAUACAUUAUCCCGACAUGUAGAUGCUGACACCGGAAUUCUACGCACCGAACGUUUAAUUACCUGCCAACAAUCUGCUCCAAAAUGGUUACAAUCACUCAUGGGCGGCAAAGAUACAUCCCACGUCUUCGAAACCUCAUAUGUCGAUCCGAUUACCAAGAAAGUCACAAUGACAUCUACCAAUCUCACAUUUUCCAACAUCAUCAAUGUGCAAGAAACAGUUGUCUACCAACCCUUAUCGGCAAACACAACACAAUUUGUCCAGGCGGCACAGAUUACUGCAUUAUGUGGUGGAUGGCAAAAAGUGAAGAAUGCAGUUGAAGACGCGACAGUUACUGCGUUUUCGGAAAAUGCACGCAAAGGAAAGGAGGGAUUCGAAGCAGUUUUGGCGAUGAGCAGGAGGGUAUUCAGUGAGGAGAAAAUGAGACAACAACAAGCGGCUACCGUUACUGCAUAAAGUUCGAAAUUUCAAAGGCGUUUUGAAGAGGGGUUUCCGUGAAGAUAUUCCGGUUCGGUCCGAGAUAUACAUGAUGAGAUUCAUAUCAUUUGAAUCUCCUCACAUCACGACUGAAACGAUUCCUCCCUUGUCCUUUUUCUUCACUUCACUUCAACCAUCUCCUCACUUCAUUUCGGCAUUUACGAGUUUCACAUCAUUUUAGGAGUUUGGGGAUUUUUUAUUACAAGUUCCGGUAUACAAAAAAGUCCACUUUCGGAGUUCUAGAAGGCGAAAUUCUCGGUUGCGAAUUCUAUUUUAAGCGCGGCGUUAAAAAAGGAUAAAUGGGAUAUUUGGGUUAGGUUGGGUUUUGCUUCAAAAAGACGAUUGUCUUUUGUUGUCUUUGAAUGGAAAAGUUAUGAUAUUCAAAGAAACUUUCAUCCUCAACGCUGAUGUGGGUUAUUGUUACGAUACAGAUACCCCUUUUUUCCUUCUUUCUUUUUUUGCGGUGCUUUUUUUUUUUUCUUCUUUGAAGGGGGAGAUAAAAAUAGAUGGAUAGAUGGGUUGAUUUUAUAGAUGAGGCUGAAUAGGGAGAUGAUGUAGAUAGAGUGAGCGAGUCAGUGGGUGAGAGACUUGAAGAAAAUAAAUAUUAGAUUUUACUUUAUA